AUGGCCGCCGUCACCUCGCGACCGGCGUCACUCCCCGCUGUCGCACUCCUUGUAUACCCAGCGACGUUAUUACUAGGGUCAUUGUUCUCCAUACUCUCCCCAACCGCCCGACCUUCGAGAGACUCCUAUACCCAGCCUACACCUCCGCUGGCCCCCUCGCUUGCCUCAGACCUGCACCUUUCCGAGAACCCUGUCAAUUAUUUCGCCCGGAAAAACAAUGUUUUUAAUAUCUACUUUGUGAAGAUUGGGUGGCUUUGGACUACAGCCGCCUUUUUAUCACUUCUCUUCUUCUCACCUCUGUACUCCUCGUCCCGUCCGCAGUCCGCAUCACAACAAGAGACACGGUUCCGACGCACCCUUCAAGCCGUCCUACGCUUCGUGCUCAUCACAACCGCAUGGUACCUUUCUACACAAUGGUUUUUUGGCCCGGCAAUCAUUGACCGUGGAUUUGUCGCCACGGGAGGAAAGUGCGAGCGCGCGUUCGAGGAAGCCGGAAAGAUGGGCCUUGGAGGAAGCAACCCGACCGACUUGGAAGUCUUAUUCACGGCCGCGACCUGCAAGGCGGCCGGCGGAGCGUGGAGAGGUGGACAUGACAUCAGUGGUCAUGUUCUGAUGCUGGUUCUGGCUACAGGCCUUCUGGCAUUCGAGGCCGUCGGGGCUAGCGCACCUGCCUUCCUGUCCCGCUUUGGCUUAAAUGCAGAUGCCGGACGCGAUCGCAAGACUAGCGAUGCCGAUAGCAACCUGCCAGUUGAACCAGUCGAGACCAGUUCUUUUGCGCGAACUUGGACAUUGCGUCUUGUGUGGGGUGUCGUCGGUUUGGGCUGGUGGAUGCUCUUUAUGACCGCAAUCUGGUUUCACACCUGGCUGGAAAAGUGGUCUGGACUGCUUAUUGCUCUCAGCUCUGUCUACACUGUCUACAUCCUCCCGAGGCGCUUGGAUUCUCUGAGAGAUGUAAUCGGACUUCCUGGGGUAUAG